AUGCCUGCCCCAGGGAUGCUCGAAAACGUCCGUCCCUUUUGCAAACUCAGGGGAACGACGCUCCUCUGGUGCAUCACCCUCUGUUCUGCCUCUGCUUUCCUGCUCUUUGGCUAUGACCAAGGGGUCCUGGGUGGUCUGACGACACAACCGACCUUUCUUGAUGCCAUGGGUAACCCGAAUCCAACAAUACUAGGCCUGAUUGCAGCGAUCUACGACAUUGGUGCCUUCAUAGGCGCUAUCCUGGCUGCGAUCUUCGGCAUGAAGACAGGUCGCCGCUGGGCGGUCGUAAUCGGUUGCGUUCUGGUCACCAUUGGAGGGGCCCUCCAAGCCGCUGCCACGAGCCAGGGUAUGAUGCUCGCUGGCCGUAUCGUGGCCGGCAUCGGCAAUGGGAUCAACACCAGUACUAUACCAACCUGGGUGAGCGAGACUGCAAAACCCCAUCGUCGUGGGCCUCUCGUCGCCACUCAGCUCUCCAUCGUAGUCUUCGGGCUCUUUUUCGCAUACUGGCUCGACUAUGGCUGCAUCAAACAUCUUGAAGGCGAUGCCACCUGGCGUAUCCCUAUCGCAAUCCAAUGCGUCUUCGCGCUCAUCACGAUGUUCACUAUCCCGUUCCUACCGGAGUCUCCACGAUGGCUCUAUGCCAAAGGACGCAUCGACGAAGGCGAUCUUGUGAUCUCACGUCUCCGUGACAUUGCUCUUGACCACCCGAUUGUCUCCUCGACUCGAGCUGCUAUCCUCGAAGUAUCCCGUCUUGAAGAUAGCGGCGAGUCCAAAGGCCUCAACUGGCGCCACAUUAUCUAUGAUCCGACAGAGAUUAAGCCGACCCGCCGUAUCAUGCUCGGUGUCAUGCUGCAAUUCCUCCAAGUCUUCUCCGGAAUCUCGCUGGCUGUCUACUACCUCAACAUCCUCUUCGAGGUCAAUCUCGGCUUCGACUACGAGAAAGCCGCGCUGUUAUCCGGCUUCAACACCUUCACCCUCUGGCUCGGGACUCUGCCCCCGAUCUGGCUUGUGGAGAAGUAUGGUCGACGUCAAGUCCUCAUGUUCGGCUCUGCCACGAUGGCCGCCUCGAUGAUCACCUUCACCGUCUGCGUGGCCGUGAACAAUUUGACCUCCUCCUACAUCGGCGUUGCGGCCAUAUAUGCCUACAUGUUCUUCUUCGGCCUCUCGUGGCAACCAGUCCCCUGGAUCUAUCCCCCCGAGAUUGCACCCCUCAACCUUCGCCACAUCGGAGGAGCAGCUUCUACGGGCUCAGAAUGGAUCUUUGCCUUUGUUGCAGUCAUGGCCGGUCCCUCCGCCAUCGCCGCCGUCCCGUGGCUCAUGUACUUCAUCUUCUCCGUCUGCACCAUCUUCGCCAUACCCUUCGUAUACUUCUGCGUCCCCGAGACGCGCGGCCUUUCGCUCGAAGAGCUCGAUUUCGUCUUCCAAGAAGGCCCCGUCCGACACUCCGGCAAGCGCAACAAGGCGGAGUGGAAGCGCCGUCUGGCUGCAGGGGGCGGGCUGGAUUCCGAGGCGAGCGGCGCCGCGGUCCAGCAUAUCCGGAAGGCCGAAGGACAAACCAUCACCCCAGAGUCGGAGUCAAAGGAGAUUGCGGAAGCGCAGCUGGAGUUUACGGGCCCUCGGAAAGAGUGA